ACGAUUGUGAAAGACACAAACGAACGAGACAAACGCGAACACGAAUCAUUUUUCUCGCGGUGGUGGCUGCAGCCAAAGCAGGGGGAAAAAGAAAGAAAAAACCUUGCGGAUAAACCAGAAGAAGCAGCUAGGUGUACCGAGCGUAUCUCCUGGAAGUUAUUGUCCUUCGGAAACAGAGGGAAUAGUGCACUUCCGGCAGAAAUUCGUGCGUUUGUGUGGGCUUGUUGUGUAGUGUUUCGUAUUUGCAUCCGGUUCACAGCUCCAGUUCCUCCCGUAUAUUGCAGUCCAAGGCAACAAGAGAAAAACUUGAGUAUCGAGUGGCCAUACUAGCUGGUUGAACCGCUUCCGCGAUUGGUUCUACAAGUGGUACCACACCGAACCCAACCAAAUCUGUGUCCUGCACUGGAAUCCAACGCAGGCAAAAGGAGUGUGGUGUGCGAUUCACUAACGGCAACUAGAUCGCUAGAUCCAGCAGCUUUUGUGGCUCUGUGGUAAUUGUGGCUGACGACACGGCGGCCGCCGAAGCAAACCAACAGCCGGACGCUGGAGAAGACGAAGAGCGACAACUGCAGACGGAUGAAAACAAGAAAGCACCUGCCAAUAGUCCAACGUUAAGUGAUUCUAAGUCGGAAGAGGAAAGAUCUUCGGCACUUCAGAAACAGCAGCAGCAGCAACAGUUGCCCCAACAGCAGCACAGACAGAGGCCCCAAAGUGAGGCACAGGCAAUGCCAUCGGCAGUCGGCGGUGGCGGAGGAGGAAAUCAUACUGGCGGAGGAGGAGGUGGAGGUGGUGGAAAUGGCAAUAACAUGAAUACGCAAUCGAACGAAGAAUGCGGUAUACGAGAUGUGUGGCGGCACAACCUGGACGAGGAAUUUCGCACGAUUCGGCAUAUCGUGCAGAAGUAUCACUAUGUUGCGAUGGACACCGAGUUCCCGGGCGUGGUCGCACGUCCUGUGGGUGAGUUCCGUUCGUCGGCCGACUACCAGUAUCAGUUUCUGCGCUGUAAUGUUGAUCUACUGAGAAUCAUCCAGCUGGGGUUGACUUUUAUGGACGAGGAUGGUCGUACGCCACCUGGAUUUUCUACGUGGCAGUUCAAUUUCAAGUUCAAUCUUAAUGAGGACAUGUACGCGCAGGAUUCGAUCGAUCUGCUGCAAAAUUCGGGCAUACAAUUCAAGAAGCACGAGGAAGACGGAAUCGAUCCUUUGGAUUUUGCCGAACUGUUGAUGACCUCCGGUAUCGUACUGAUGGAUAACAUCAAGUGGCUCAGCUUCCACUCCGGGUAUGAUUUUGGCUAUCUACUGAAGCUUUUGACAGAUCAGAACCUUCCGGCGGAGGAGAGCGAUUUCUUCGAGCUGCUACGAAUCUACUUUCCGACGAUUUAUGACGUGAAAUAUCUGAUGAAGAGUUGCAAGAAUCUGAAGGGUGGUCUGCAGGAGGUCGCUGAUCAGCUGGAGCUACGACGUAUCGGACCACAACAUCAGGCCGGUUCGGAUUCGCUUCUCACCGGGAUGGCGUUCUUCAAGAUGCGAGAGAUGUUCUUCGAAGACAACAUUGACAACGCCAAGUAUUGUGGCCACCUGUACGGGCUCGGCACAUCGUUCAUUGUGAACGGAAGCAGCAACACGAUCAACAGCAGCAGCACCAAUAACAGCUCCAGCACAGCGCUUGGUACGAAUGCAAACACUAAUGCCGGCUCAGGUGCCGGAACAGGCGGUGGUAACAGUGGCAGUGUUAGUUCAGCUGGCAACAACAACAACAACAACGCGAACAGUAACAGCAACAAUAAUAACAACAACACCACCACGAACAGUAGUAGCGGCACCAACUAUCACGAUAACGGCGAAACCAACGCAACCUCAUGAUUUCGUCUGUUGAUUCGCUAGUAAACCGAAAAAGUAACCGACACUAACUGAACGCAAAACAACACAUUAAAACAAAACAAAAAAACACUUUAGAACCCAAAAACAUAUUACAAGCAAGUACUCUUCUCUUUAAAGGAUAAAAAUAUUUAUUACAGCUUUAUUACUACCUAUCUAUCGUAAUAAUUGCGACAGAUGGAGGCAAAAGAUCACUGUAAGUUAUCUUGGAACGAAGUAGAAAAAUCAUUUACCUAAUUUUAAGACAAGCAAAGGAAUAAACAUUUUAAUUAACUUCUGCCUCGAUUCUUUGAAGUUGAUAUGUUUUGGGCGAAACGAACCUUUUAUUUUUUACUACUCUUGACGAUUAUUGGAAGUCAGUACUCAUUUUUUUGUUUUGUUUUAGUCAACAAACAAUAGGAUCUAAUGAACUUAUAUAGUCAUCGAGAAAUAGAAGAUGGUUGAACUCAUAAGUUCAAAGAAAUAAAUUUGUAAUAGAACUCUGACGAACGGACCUUUUUUUCCAUAUGUUUCUAUCUUUGUUCUUAUAUCGUACGCAGUUGAAUAAAGGGUAGCUAACAAAUACGAGCUAUGACGAAAGCGGUAAAAGUAAAUCUAUCAAGAUCAUGUAUUUAUAGCAGAUAUAUCGUUCUUUAACUUUUUUCGAAGCAAAAUGCAAAAACAAGUUAUAAUGAGCACUUUGUAAACUAUUAUAUUAAACAAUAAAAGGCAGACAGUUUCCCGGCAGUAA